AAUCCAUUCGUGAUCUCGUGCACAUCGUGAGAAUUGUUCUGUCGCAGUACAAAAAUACAAAAAUGAUGGGAAAAUAUUUAGUGUUUGUGAUCUUUUGUGUGUCUCUCGGGAGUGCUUUAGCAGAAGAGAGUGAUUCUGACCUCUUUAUUGGACCUCUCGAAAGCAUCGACGAACCCACUCAUGAGCACUUGCGCUCUUACUACGAGACCACGUGUUUGGGCUUCCAGAGUUGCGUGGGUCUCUCAAAGUGUCCGGAUUUACACUAUGAAGCAGCAAAAGCUUGCUAUUUCGGUGAUAAAUCACUCUUCUGCGGGACUUCUGGGUCGGAACCGAUGGUGUGUUGCUCGAGAGGCGACGACGAUCCAGACUCUAAUCCCGCUCCGAUAAACCAGGAUUGUGGAAAGAGUCUCGUAAGAGGACAAUUUUACAAAGGAUUGGGUGCCUUUCCAUUUGUGGCCAGAGUUGGAUUCAAAAACGCAAAUUCCGGCAAUUUGGCAUAUCCUUGUACAGGAUCAAUUAUCUCCCGAAGAGUUAUUCUGACGGCAGCUCAUUGUGCUCUUGCAAAAGCCGACGGUCAUAGAUUAUCAUCGGUUCGCAUUGGCGAAUAUGAUACAUCUCGUGAUCCAGACUGUGCCGGAUCUGGAUUCUGUGCUCCACCUGCUCUGAAUCAUGCCAUUAGCCACGUGGUCGUGCACCCAGAUUAUGAGGUCGGCAAAUAUCAUCACGACAUUGCGCUUCUGAUUUUGCGCACCCCGAUUAACUUCACAGUUGCUGCGCAGCCACUAUGUCUUUAUCCCGACAGGACGAAUCUCAUCGUGGGAAAGCGCGCCACUGUUGUCGGAUGGGGAAGGAUCUCAUCGAUUAGCAUCAAGAGUUCAGAAAUGCAAUUCUUGGAAGUCCCAUUGGCGCCCUGGGAUUUGUGCCUGAAGGUUUACGGAUCAACUGGAGCCCUUCAAUCGCCCAAAUCCAUCGAAGGACAGUGGCUUUGCGCAGGCGGGGAGAAUAGAGAUGCUUGCCAGGGAUUUGGAGGAGCUCCUCUGGUUAUCCGCGAGGAGAAUGUGUAUCAUCAAAUAGGGAUCAUGUCCUUUGGCUCAGACAGCUGCGGAAGUCCCAAAAUACCCAGUGUUUACACUUCCAUUUCAUUCUUCUAUCAGUGGAUUCAGGACAAUAUUCCAGUCGAAUAA